AAUCGCAUCACGUGACGUCUCGGCUUGAGGGGACGAGCGCAUGAUCAGCCGUCUCUCGGGAAGUCGACUGUCACAAAUUUCUCUAAUAACCUUAAUUUCCUUAUUCGCGGCAGCACAAGAACCAUGAGUGAAAAAGACAGGAUUUCUGUGUUCCCAUCUCGCAUGGCCAUGACGCUGAUGAAGGCGCGCCUGAAGGGAGCCCAGAAAGGCCACAGUCUUUUGAAGAAGAAAGCGGACGCCCUGCAGCUGAGGUUCCGGUCCAUUCUCAAGAAGAUAGUCGAGACGAAAUCGCUGAUGGGGGAGCUGAUGAAGGAGGCGGCCUUCUCGCUGGCCGAAGCCAAGUUCACGAGCGGCGACUUCAAUCAGGUCGUCCUACAGAACGUGACGCGGGCGCAGGUGAAGGUGCGCUCACGCAAGGACAACGUCGCAGGUGUCACGCUGCCGGUCUUCGAAUGCUUCCAGGAGGGCACCGACACCAACGAGCUGGCCGGCCUGGCCCGUGGCGGCCAGAAGCUGGGCAAGCUCAAGAAGAACUACUUUGAGGCGGUGAAGCUGCUGGUGGAGCUGGCCUCGCUGCAGACGUCCUUCAUCACCCUCGACAGCGUCAUCAAGAUCACCAACAGACGCGUCAACGCCAUCGAGCACGUGAUCAUUCCCCGCAUCGACCGGACCCUGCAGUAUAUCAACUCGGAGCUGGACGAGAGGGAGCGGGAAGAGUUCUUCAGACUGAAGAAGAUCCAGGAGAAGAAGAAGAAAAUCCGGGACCUGAAGCAGAAGCAGCUGGACGCCCUCAAGCAGCAGGGCCUGGACGUGGACAAUGCCCCCAACCUGCUCGAAGACGCGCAGGACGACGACAUCCUCUUCGCCUAGCGACACCCCCGUCCUCCUAGUCCCCUUUUUUUUUUUUUCCCUUCGCUCCAUCCUCAGAGGAUGGCCCCAUCCCUUUGGUCUUUACGGUACGGCCUUUUGUUUUUUUUGGCGGCGGUCAUUUUUUUGCCCGCAACCAAUGUUUUCCAAUUGUCGUACAAGAUUUCUCCUAGUGCCAUUCCUUAAUGUAGUCUUCGCGCCACAAACGCUGCGAGCUUGGCUCCUCCGGGUUUGUCUCGUUUCGCGAAGACCCGUGAAGAAGCUUUCCGCCGUUCUUUCUGCCGAGGCUUUUGAAUUGGGGAGAAGUCUUCGAAGUGAGCUCGGCGGCGAAAGACGUUACUCUUCGCACUGUCGAGAACUCUCCUUGUUUUGAUGGAGGGUGGAGGACGAUUAAGCCUCCUCUCGGAGAUUUGUAGACCUUGCCUUGCGCUCGAGUUUUUAGGAUUGAGUAUUCUGGUCUUAACUCUGUUCCCCUAUUACUUUUAUUUAGAAACGGUCCAAAGAGACUAUGGCGUUUCGCACGUGCGAAGAAACUUGGGUGGAAGAGCGUUACGGGUCCCCUCGUUGGGUGUUUCGGAUUACUUUCAACCGGUGCACAUUUUGUGAUUCCCGAAAAAGCUCCGUCGGAUCUCUCUAGAAAGGUGUGGAUUUAUACUUUCUGAGAAAAGUGUGGCUUGUCAUGGUUGCGAUGGGCUGCAAGUGGCUUGGCCUUUAGGCCAGAGACCCCUCCAAAUGUUUCACGAAGCCACUUGAAGGAAAAUUGUUUUGGUAAAGAGUGUUUCUACUUUAUGUUUACUACAAAAUUUUUGAGUCCACUCCCCCCAAAAGAGGGGAAAAUAUGUUCAGAGUAAAACAUUCAAGAAGCUUCUUUUCAUUCCCAGUGUGUUAGGAGAUGAAAUGUAAUUUUCUCUAAAAGUGUUACUAUAAAGGUGUAUGAAUGGUG